CCCACCUCAACUCCGCAUUUCAGUCUGUCUACUGGAGAGCACACGGCCAAUCGGUGAAUACUGACACAUCCAGUAGGUUUUUGCAUAGAUCGCUAUUCUUAUGCGUCAUGGCUGUGGAUCCAAAGACGACUUGUUAUGAUGGGAGUUGUUCCCAAAGCUUUCAGUUCUACUUGCAGCACUCUGGAGAGCACGAGGCCAUCUUCAAAUGUCUCCACGACCUCCUGCCGGGAGAAUUCAGAAGAAUCGGGUUAAACCGAAGCAGCCUGGAUGUUCUUGGUGUUGGAAGUGGAGGAGGUGAGGUGGAUGCUCACAUCCUCACUGUGCUGCAGUCCACUUUCCCUUCUGUCCCCAUCACUACUGAUGUAGUGGAGGGCAGCGCUGACCUCACAGACAGCUUCAAAGCUUUGGUAGCAAAGAGCCCCAACCUUCAGAAGAUCCCGUUCACUUGGCAUCUGAUGACCAGUGAGAACUAUGAGAAACAAGUCAAAGCUAAAGGAGACAUCAAGAAGUUUGACUUCAUACAGAUGGUUCAGAUGAUCUACUACGUGGAUGAUCUGGCCGGCACCAUGGCGUUCUACCACAGCCUUCUGAAGACCAGCGGCAGGCUGAUGAUCAUGGUGGAAGCAGCCGGCUCUGGCUGGGACGUCCUGUGGAAGACUUACAGGAAGGAGCUCGCCGUGGGCGCCAUCACAGAGUACCGCUCGUCGGCGGAGGUCAUCGAGUGCCUGAAGAGCCAGGGCCUGAAGUACGAGGAGCACGCCGUGCCCAACGCCUUCGACAUCACCGAGUGCUUCGAUCCGAGCAGCGAGACGGGACAGCGGCUCCUGGAUUUCAUGACGGCGAAGGACAGCUUCUGGCGGUCCUUCACCCCGGAGGUCAUCGCGGAGAUUCUAGACCUUCUCCGAAACAAGUGCAGCACUGAGAAAGACGGCAGGGUGCUGUUCAACAGUGAUCUGAGAUGCAUCCUGGUUCAUGCCUGAGUGGAAACCAACAUUAUGAAUAAAUGUCUUAUGACGAUAA